AUGUGUCGUUUAUCCCUGUUCUCAAACUAUUAUGAACUACACUUCCCACAAGUCAUCUGUAUUCAGCAACGCCGACUACAAUCCAGGCUGAAGUGACCGGAAUUAGAAAAUUAAGCUGCCUGAAUAAAGACGGUAGAAACGAAUCCAGUCUGUAAUUGCAGUGUGGGGAUUAGAAACUUUACGAUUUCAAACUUGAUCCUUAAAAAGAAUCUCGGGGACGUCGUCAACAGAGCUGACUGGGGUGCAGCCAUUGCAUGCCGGGUAGCCGAGGCUCUGCGAGGCUUGUGUGGAGGAAUGGAACGGCUGACCGCUGCCUGCCUCUCCUGUGAACGACUGUCAACGGCAGUCGGUGUUUGAUCGAAGCUAUGAGGAGUGCCAGUCUGUGUCAAGGCAAUCUGGCGUUUGGACCAUGUUGUAUUGGUCCACCAGGUGGUGCUUCCUGAGCCCAGUCGCCACCGCAUCCCAAGCCAUGUAUGCCACCCGUCUCUACACUGCUGCAGGAGGAGGGUGUGGAGUCAAAGCAGGAAAGAGAGGAGGGCUUGCUGUGCUUGAGGCGCCUACCCCACACCUGAACCAGCAUCGAGCGCCCCUGCCCCCCACUGCAUACCCACUGUACCAGGGCAGACCCGGCGACCCCCGGGUAGCACACUUACACCACCAUUACCACACGCAGCCCGCCCCCCUGACCACACCCCCAAUGCCGUCGCAUUGCCACCACCACGGCCACUUCCUCAGCGGGGGCAUUUCAUCUUCUAGGUCAGGCGGCAAGAAGAAGUCAUGGAACUUCAUCCACGAGAAGAUGAGCUACGACACUUUUUUCACUAUGAAGCGUCUGAUUGAGCGCUCACAGCGGCCCGACGAGGUUCUUCGCUGGCUCACGCAAAACCCAGCCAAGAUCUCUCACAACCACUACCCAAUCGCGCUACACAAGAUUGCACAGCUGCUGCAGACCGCACCACCACCACCACCACCACCACCACCACCCGUGGACAACGACGCCACUGCAACAAAGUGUGGUCGCCACAUCUUGGAGCAUCAGGACUUCUUGUUGCUGUGCGACGCCAUCAUCAAGGACUGCUCCAAAUUUGACAACUUCAGCAUCGUCAACUGCCUCUAUGCUGUGGCGGCGCUCGGGCUCCGCGGCGAUUCUCAGGUGGUUCAGGUUCUGGAAGCUGAAUCUCAGUCCAGACUGGGCCAGUUUAACCAGAAGGACAUAUCCAUGGUGUUCAGCUCCAGCAUGAAGCUGCAUCCCAGCAGCCAGCACCCUCUCACCGAGGCCUGCCUGCUCGGCCUGGAGAAGAACUUAGAGCGAGAGCACCACCCGCAGACCCUCUUCCUGCUCCUCUCCUACUACCGCCUCAAGUGGCACUCGUUGCAGCGGCAGGGGACCACGGCCGCUGACGACAACACAACCCCUAACCCCGAACAGCUGCUAGCUAACAGAAAAAUCCUGCGCCUGGUCAAACACACUCUCGCCAGCGUCAGUGGCGUUCGUGACCAGGAAAUGGCGCUGUUGGAUGAGAUGUUGGCGGCAUGUGCCAAAGAGGCCAGUAACAAGAGUCUGGAGUUCAUCUUCAGCUCACACCUUUUCUACCAGAACAGACAGGAGAGGUUCAUUCGAAGCUUGGCAGAGGAGCUGCCAAAAAAGGAGGAGAGCAUCAGCGCGUACACGAUGGCACUGAUUGCCAAGUACAUUGCACGGCACCGCUUGAGAGAGACGCAGCUGCUAGACACCAUUGCGGACUUCCUGGUCAAGAGGGCGGAGUAUCUGGACAGCAAGGUGAUCCAGAAGCUGGUCUUCCCGUUCAGCAGGAUGAGUUAUCGUCCAUCCAAUGAUGACAAGUUCUUCUCUCGAUUGGAGGAAGUGGUGGAGUUGAAAGCGCUAAGCUCACCGCUCGCCACUGUCAACAUCCUCAUGUCCCUCUUCCAGUUGGGACACUUCCCAAGCCUGGUUCUUCACCGUGUCUUCUCCCCCGCCUUCAUUAGCAAUGUGACCAACAGCCCCUACGCCCUCAUCGUCCGCCGCUACCUCUCUCUAUUGGACGCCGCCAUAGAACUGGAGUACCACGACUACACCGGACCACGACUACACCACUCUCACAAGGUGCUCAUGUUUGACCACGCCCUUACUGCAGAUGAAGUGAAUCGCAAGUACAGUUAUAAAGGUCUGGUGGCCGAGGCUCUCCGUCAGCUGCUUGGACAGCACCACUACAAACAGGACCAAGUACUGCCUCCUGGAUACUACACAGACUUUGUGUUGUGGAUGGAUUCUUCCGGGAGGGUUCUGCCAAUCCAGUCAAACCCGCCUUUGGCUCUGGGUUCCACCCCUGUGGCCUGUGGGUGUUCCAAGCGUGUUCCCCAGGUUCCGGACCACAUCCACAAGUUCUCUUCCGCUACACUGCCGGAGGAAUGUGACCAGAAGCCAGAGGAGAUCUGCAAAACGACAGAUGGCGCUCAAGAACCCUUUCAGUCUCAGCACAUGUAUAACACGGCUGGAGCCACGGUCUCCUCAGGGCCCUGUUGUCUUGGGGACGGCAGUGCACCCGCAGACUAUGGUUCUUACAGUGUGCCUGUAGUGGAGUACUACUCGAGCGUAGCCAAGGAGCACUCGCUGGAGAGCCAGGACAGUUCCACGCUCAGCAGCCCCCCCUCUGACGGGCCACCCCCAGCAACAGCUCCAGGACCCGCAGAUGGUGCUGCUCCAAACUCCAUCUUCCAGUUCUCUAUUGGGAAAAUCCUGGAGGACGAGGCGGACACAGGGCCCCCUGAUGAUCAGGGUAAGGAAUUAAGCGAGGAGGCGAAGCGAAACGACGGAUCCACGGCAGAUGAGGGGUGUCCGUCACUGGCGCGACUGAGCCCAACAGGCGUUCCCGAACCCAACAUGGCAGAAGAGAAGCACAUAAGGAGGCUCGUUGUCUCUGUGAACGACAAGUGGCAUUACUGCCACAACUCGGACGUCUUGGUCGGGUCCCGUGCCAUGAGGGACCGCCACCUGAAGCUCCUGGGAUACGUCAUCCUACAGCUGCCCUAUCACGAGCUGGAGAAGCUAAACGGAAUCGAGCAGGUGAAGACGUACCUGCACGCCAAACUGCAAAACAUCCCGCGAUGACACUGUGUGUGCGUGCGUGCGUGUGUAUGAAGUGUAUUUCUGUGAUGAACGUUGGUGUGCAUUUUCAGCAUUUUAGGAUGGGAUGCUGUCACUGUUUGGCAAUGGACAUGAAAGUUAAAGCAGUAAUUCUUAUUAGCGCUCAAGUUUUUAUAAAAUUAAGUCAUGUCGACGGGGGCUGAUGGAUCAUUGUGCGCUCAUCCAUGUGUGUGUUCGCGUGUGUGAUGAAGAUGGGGUAAAAGAGUAUUUAUUUAUGAGGUGAUGGCAGAAUUGUUUCUAUUCAAUAAAUCAAACUGUUCUAACAUGUGGUAGAUAAACUUUAUUUGUCAGGAUGAGGAAAAAGUGCAUUUCUUAUUCAUGUUUUCAGACAAGCCUUG